AACGUAUUUAAUGUGCUAAGCGGUAUAUAGACGAACAGACAGAGUGCCGAGCUGUCCGCCGGUAGACGCAAUAAGUUAUUCUUUAAUGCUGAUAGAAUUAGAAAAAUAAGAAAUCAUGACAACAAAUGAGAACAACUUGAAUGAUGCAUUUGCUCAGUUUGAUCUAAGUGGUAAGCUGAUCAUAAAAGCACAGCUUGGUGAUGAUAUUCGCAGAAUUCCUAUCCACAAUGAAGAUAUAACAUAUGAUGAACUUCUGUUGAUGAUGCAGAGAGUAUUCAGGGGAAGGCUGGACAGCAAUGAUGAAGUAACUAUAAAAUAUCGUGAUGAAGAUGGUGAUCUUAUAACAAUAUUUGACAGUUCUGAUUUAUCAUUUGCCAUUCAGUGCAGUAGAAUCUUGAAAAUAACUUUAUUUGUUAAUGGUCAGCCAAGGCCCCUUGAAAGUGAUGAAGUUAAACAUAUUAGAAGAGAACUCCAAACCAUAAGAGACACAGCAAACAGAUUGUUAGAUAGACUAGAACCUCAACCUUUUGUGAAAAGCACUGAAAUAGAUGCUGAGUCAGAACAUGUCAAAAUGGCAGAUAGUAACAAAGCAAGAGGCCAGGGCUCCCCACAGCCUCAGCUUGCUAAAGCCAGUAAUGCUGUUGGCAGCAAAGAAUUUGACCCUUUGUCAAGUCAGAAGUCUGUAGAAGAAACACAGAACAAAGUCAUGUCUUCGUUUGGAAUUACUCAUGAUGGUGAUGCAGCAAGGCCUGGAACACCCGACAGCAUAUCAAGUGUGGGAUCUUCAAGUAGCCAUCAUUUACGCCAACAACAACAGCAACAACAGCAGCAGCAACAACAGCAACAAAAAGGUGGUUACAUUCCCCCUGGACAGCCUGGCUAUCAAGCACCUACUGGCUAUGCUCAGGGGCAAGCUCAGCCACCACAGGGACAAACCCCAUCCCAUCAGGGUCAAAGUCAGCCACCCCAGGGACCAGCACCUCAAUCCCAGGGGCAGGUGCCACAGCAGGCUGGUUAUGGACAGCAGCAACAGCAAGACAUGUCACAGAACAAAGGUUUAGGUCAGCCACAAGGUUAUGGCUUUCCACAGGCAGGACAGAGUUCAGCAGGACCUUCUCCUCCACACUCUGCCUCUCAUCAACCAAGUUAUAACCAGCCACUCCCUUCCCAACCAUCAUAUAACAUGACAGGUGCUCCCCAACAGCAACAGCCACCGCAGCAGAUGCAGCAACAGCCUCCAUAUGCUCCACAAGGCUACCAGCAACAGCCAUAUCCUGCUCAGGGUCAGGGCUAUGGACCACAAGCUGGGCAGUAUGGAGGUUAUGCUCCACCUGGUGGUGCCCCUCAGCCCCCACAGGCCCCUGGUGCUGCUGGCAAUCCUUACUCCAGAGGGCCAGCUGGUUAUCGGCCAGGAUAUCCUAGCCAACAAGGAUAUCAGUAGAUCUGAUAAUGGAUUUAGAUCAUUUCAUUGUUCAGUAAUUAUACAAAAAGAAUUGUUUGGCAGUGCUACAUUUACAGUGUUCUUAGACUUAAUCUUACCAAGAGGAAGAUAAAAUCAAGUAUUUGAAGCACUGCCCUUCUUAGUUCAUAUGUACCGAUGUAAUUCAAAUAAUCUGAGAGCAUAGGAUGAAAGAUUGCUAAUAAAGGUAAAAUGUUACAUUUGAGGAGUGAACUAAGUACUUACAUAAAAGGAGCACCUACAGAUAGAGCUGACAUAUCCAGGCCUACCCAACUACCAGACUCGGCACCUAAGGAUCCUGAAUUAACCGGUAUAUCGGACCACACUACCCGU